AUGGAGAUGCCUUCAGUAGCUAUUCUUGAUGCACGUCUCGAGUUGCCUCAAGCUGUCGAGGCUGCCCAGGCAGUCCGUGCCCAUAGGCUGACCCGCAGCAGACUCAAGGCGGCGGGCAGUGCUGGCGGCUCGACACCCCUGUCGCUUGGCACGGCCAAAACACAGGUACAAGCACCUACUGAGGAGGAAGAGGAGGAGGAAGAGGAUUCUUCCAGCUGGGCCCUUCCGAGUGUGGACAAGGACAUCUCGGAGUACAACACUGGCCACGCUCCUUCCUAUGCGUGGGUUCAAACCAGCGAGACGCUCUACCUCUUCACUCCACUCUUGGCUCCUCAGGUGAAGGACGGGGAGAAGCAGCCAGCCAAUGUGCAACUGAACCUAACGAACGAGGGAACACUCCUCAGGCUGGUGGUGGAGGGGAAGGUGAUUCUGGACGGAAGGCUUUCCCACUCGAUAAAGCCCGGGGAUGAGCUCUGGAUGAUUGAGGAAGCGCCGGAUGGCCGGGACUUCGUGGUCGUGGAGCUCGAUAAGCUGCUUCCAGGGAUGAACUGGGCCUCUGUCCUGGAGCCGCAGGUCGAAGUACUUGGCCGUUACGCAAAUCCAGUUGUGGAGAUGCCAGAUAUUUUGACAGAAGAGGAGGAGAGUCUUGUUGACGAGACUCUGCAGCACCUGCAGCGGACAAAGAGGGUGCUUCAGCCUGUGGAAGGCCGCACAGCCGCUCGUGGUGAUGUCAUUUCUGUUGAUAUGCAGGGCUACGAGAUGAAUGAGGAUGGCUCGCGGGGCGAGGAAAUGGAUGUGGGUUCAGCCAAGGGUCUAGAACUGGAGCUGGGAGCCAGCACGUUCUCUGCCGAGGUGGAGCAGAGUCUCGAGGGCAUUGCUGUGAGCGAAACCCGCGAUGUGCAGGUGACUCUCGGCCAGCGUGCCGGAGGUAUGGGAGGGAAGCAGAUCAUCUGUGCCGUCACAUGCCAAGAGAUCAAGGAGCAGUUGCUUCCAGAGUUGGACGACGACUUUGCGAAGGAGAUCAAGCGCGAAGAGCAGUUCAAGCAGGCAGGCACCGCAGAAGGGAUUCCCGAGGAGGAGGAAGGCAUUGCGGAGAACUUCUGCUUGGCCGACCUCCGUGCUGAGAUCGGGCGGGAGGUUCGACAGGUUGCCCAGACGCAGUCCAACGACGUUGUAGACUCGCAGCUGCGGUCACACCUGCUCCAGACCUUGAAGGUGAAGUGCCACUGGGCCAAUCUGGGAUCCCAAGAAGCAACUGAAGACGAGGAGCUGGCCGUCGCCAUCCACUUCCUGGCAGAAAAGGAGGGGAUCUUGCAGAACAUCGACAUGGACGACGUCGAGCGGAAAACAUGGGCCAAGUUGGGAGAACCUGAUGAGGGAGAGACCAUCGCGCAAGUUGGCAAAGAUCCACCACGCGAAUACCAGGAGACGCUGUGUUCACCACCUGUGCUCGUCACCACGUCUGCUUCUGCUGAUGUUACCCUGCUGUUCGGGUGUUCAACAUCUUGCAUCGCGGGCGAACUCUGUUUUUCUAGUGCCACAGGUGUAGCUGUGGAGCUUGCAGUGCCCCCUGUCCACAACAUCUCGCACUCCUGGGCGAACCGCAAAAAGCACACGGCUGAAGAUGUGCGGCACGAGCUCCCUAGAUGGGACAUGAGUGGCAACAUGGAUGCACACCGAGAGAUCCUGCGCGACCGCCUGCAGGAGGAGGUGUUUUCUUGGCUCCGGCACAAGAUGGAGGUGGUCGAAGCUGGAGAGAGGCAGUAA